AUGUAUAGAAGAUGCCAAAGUAGGAGUACAACUCUACCAAUUAAGGAUGAUUUGUUGUCUUUGAAAACGCUGAGAAGAAUUUCACAUGCUGAACUUUCACAAGUAACUAAUGGAUUUGAGGAAAACAAUAUGCUUGGUUCAAGGAGUUUUGGAUAUGUAUAUAAAGAGAGGCUUUCAGAUGGAAUGGAAGUUGCAAUAAAAGUUUUUAAUUUGCAAACAGAGGGAGCAUUUAGGAGUAUUGACAUUGAAUGUGAUGCUAUGCGUAAUAUAGUUCAUCGUAAUAUUGUGAAGGUCAUUACUUGCUGCUCAAGUGUUGACUUUAAAGCCUUGGUGCUUGAUUACAUGUCUAAUGGAAACCUUGAGAAAUGGUUACAUUCCGAAAUUUGUUUCCUUGAUAUCAUACAAAGGGUCGACAUAAUGAUAGAUGUUGCGGUAGCUGUAGAACAUUUCCACAAUGGACAUCCAACAUCUAUAAUUCAUUGCGACUUAAAACCAAGCAAUAUUUUACUAGAUAAAGACAUGGUUGCACAUGUGGGAGAUUUUGUUGUUGCCAAAUUGUUGGGAGAAGGUGAUGUAAUGAAGCAAACCAUGACUCUUGCAACUAUCGGAUAUAUGGCACCAGAAGUGACUAUAAGGCAUUGGAUGGAAAGUUCAUUGCCUAAAGGAGCGAUAGAAAUUGCAGAUGUUGAUUUACUAAGAAGAGAGGAUGAGUACAUUGUUGUUAAAGCAAAUUGUAUUUCAUCCAUCAUGGAGUUGGCUUUGAAUUGUUCAGCUGAGUUACCAGAAGAAAGAAAAGAUAUGAAAGAUUUUGUCGUUGAGCUAAAGAAAAUCAAACGAAGGCUGUUAAACAACAUCGAACAUGUUUAA